GUUUCUCCGUGACUUUCCUCAAGUGUAGAUCGCGCACGGAAUUUUUUGGCCAGGACUUUUUUUUGUCAUUUGAAUUCCAUUGUACAUCCAAAUCCUCACCAUCUGCUCGAAAAAAGUCAUCGUGCAGAGGCACAGUGCAGUGAAAAGUGUUGUAAAAGUCGUGAGCAAGGUGCAUUUUUAGCGAGAUUUCGCAUUACCAAUUGAUUUGUCAAAAAAAAACGGAGCAUUUUUCCGGAUGAUUUUUCACACAUUUCCGGGGACUAAAUACCAAUAGACUCUCAAGUGAUUUGAACAUAGGGAACUGGGGAAGAAUCUCAAGAAGUUUUCCAGGGUGAUAUUUGUGGGAAUUUAGCCUGUUUUUCUUGUCUGAAGCCAGCCAUUUGAAAGACCACACACACACAUCCAACCAUCAUCCCAAGAGAAGAGAUCUCUCCCAAAAAGAAGUCCGGGAAAGAUCUUCCGACAGUCACAAAACAUUUUUUGGUGGAUCGCAAUAGAGAUCAUUGAGAAAAAGACAAAGGGAUCUUGAAUCUGCAAUAUUAUCCCCCCAAGGAAGUCUGUCUCCCAAGAGGGAAGAACAUCCAGCACAAUAUCUCAGCAAAAGAGAAGAAAAAUUGACACAAUGAAUACUGAUAACAACAAUACGCAGCAGAGCACCCAGAGCAUAGCUGAUUACUUGGCACAGCUGCUCAAAGACAGAAAACAAUUGGCAGCCUUCCCGAAUGUCUUCAAUCAUGUGGAGCGUCUUCUGGACGAAGAAAUUGCAAAAGUCAGAGCGUCACUGUUUCAAAUUAAUGGCGUGAAGAAGGAACCUUUAGAACUUCCGGAAGCCGAUGGACCACCAAUGACACUCAAUGAGAAAGUUUAUGUGCCAGUCAAAGAGCAUCCAGAUUUCAAUUUCGUUGGACGAAUUCUGGGACCACGUGGAAUGACAGCAAAACAGCUGGAACAGGAGACAGGAUGCAAAAUAAUGGUCAGAGGAAAGGGCUCCAUGAGGGAUAAGAAGAAGGAGGAUGCAAACCGUGGAAAACCGAAUUGGGAACAUCUCUCCGAUGACUUGCACGUCUUGAUUACCGUGGAAGAUUCGGAAAAUCGUGCCAAAAUUAAAUUGCAACGAGCAGUUGAGGAAGUUGAAAAACUUUUAGUGCCACAAGCUGAAGGCGAAGAUGAGCUGAAGAAGCGCCAAUUGAUGGAACUGGCUAUUAUCAAUGGCACUUACAGAGAUUCCAGCGCCAAGACAACAGUUGCAGCGGCUGAAGAGGAGUGGCGUCGUCUGGCAGCAAGUGCCGCUGAAACACGUCUUCUCUCACCAGCAAUGCCUGGUCUAACAGCCCAGCAACUCCGUACUCCAGCCACUCCCCUGGGAGCCCCACUGAUUCUGUCCCCAAGGAUGUCAGUGCCAACAACAGCCGCUAGCAUUCUGUCGGGUUCGGCUCCACCGACAAUUGAUCACCCGGGAUUGAUCUAUGCUACGCCAUAUGGGGACUACACAAACUAUGCUCUGGCCGCUGGAAAUCCACUCCUCACGGAAUACGCCGAUCAUAGCGCCAAGAAAAGAGCAAGAAUCACACACGAUUUGUGAACGUUAAAGUACAAGCCUCAAAGUGUCCGCUAAGUUGAACGUGUGCUAAUCUCCAUCCAGCCUACUACCCACUACUACUUCUUGUACUUGUAGUGUGUCAAGCAAAAAAAAAAUGAUAAAAAGUAAUUAAUGAAUCAUCAGCCCAACAUCAUCUCAUCAUCAUGUCGCGUGCAACUUCAAUGCAAUUUAUCGGAUUGAGCAGGAUUUUCAUGAACUUCUCGCCUCAAAAGUUUACUAAAAAAAAACAAGUUUAAUUUAAAAAAAAAUUAAUAAAUCUAAUAGUGUGGUGUUGAAAAAGAAAAUAAGAGAUCAAGCUGUCCAAAGAGGUGAGAUGCUAAGAAAAUAUCCUGGAAGGAUGGAUCAUCAUUUAAUAUUUAAAAAAAAAAUUGUAUAAUAAAACAAUCACGAAAUAAUUUAAGGAGAAAAUGAAUAAUUUCAAAUUUAUUGAAAUCGUAAGUACUAGAAUUUUCUUUUUAUACAAUUUUACUUUAUUUACAUAAAAAUUUCUGUAACAUGAUAACCAAUUUUUGUCUCUUAAGGUCUCUACACAUUGGGAGAAAUUUUCGUCAAAAAUUGCGUUUUUAACAGAAAUUUGACGUUUCCACCUACAAGGCUGCAGGGAAUUUCCUUCAAAACAGCAAUUUUUGACAAAAAUUGCUCCCAAUGUGUAGAGGCCAUUAAGCUGUCUACACAUUGAGAACAAUUUUCGUCAAAAAUUGCUUUUUUGAAGGAAAUUGGCUGCAGUGCUGUAGGCAGAAACGUUAAAAUUCUGUCAAAAAUGCAAUUUUUAAUGAAAAAUGCUCCCAAAGUGUAGAGGCCUUUAACAAAUCAAAAUUAAGAAAAAAGAUUUAAAUGAAGUUUAGAAUAUUUUGAGAAAAAAAAGAAAAAAAAAGAUAUAGAAUUUAUUAUUAGAAGAAAAAUGCUAUUUACAUUAGGAUUUAUAUAUUUAAAAAGAAAGAAAAAAAGAAUCUUUAUAUUGGAGGAUUAGAGAAAAUUAUUAAGCAAUUAUGUGCAAUUUCUUAAACACUUUCUCGAAUGUUUUUUUUUUCCUAAUAUAAACUUGUUUUAAUUCUAAAAUCACUGUAAAUUUUUUCUCUAAUAAGAUUUUUUAUAGAAGCACUUCUGAGAUGAAGAAAACUAUUUUCUCUCCGCACAAAUUUAAAAAAAAGAAAGAAGAUGAUAAGAAACUCACAAGCAAUAAUUAUUGAAUUUUAAAUAAGUGUUUAAAAAGUUCUAACACUAAUUUUGUAAAUAAACCCAUUUUUGCAGCAACAGAGAAAUCCUAUAACAAUGUUUUUUUUUGAGAAAGUAUUUUUAAGCAAAUAUUGUGCCUUGAAGUUUUUUAAAAAAUAUACAUUAUUAUAUAUUUACCAAACAUGAAAUCCCUUUCAGUGAGAAUUUUUUUUCAAGAUCUUGGACUUUAUGAAUUUAAGAAAUAUUUUUCUCACUAUUUAAAAUUUCUUUAAUGUGCAAUUCUCAUGUUUUAAUUUAAAAAAAGGGAUACUUUAAUUUUUCAUCCCAAUUGUGUUAAGUUUCUAAAAUUAAAAAUAACUUCACGACUCUUUCAAUUCUUCAAAAAAAAAACUAAAUUUUAAAAAAAAUUAAAUAAUUUUCCCUUCCAAUCAAAAACUAAAUAAAA